AUUUGCAAAAUGUGUCUCCUGCUCUCACGCAAUUUCCCGCCUCUCUGAAUAGAAACCCUCGCCCUGAGGAGAGAGGCGUGUGAGAGAGAGAUGGUGCUAAAGAAGGACGACGAUGCGAGGUCGGAGAAGAAGCGCCGGAAGGUUAAUUUUUCGACGAUCGAUGUGGGAGUUGAAGCAAAUGACUGCAUAAAAUUUUUUCUUGUAAGUAGCCAUGAGGAGAUGGAUAGAAGUGAAGGUUCUGGUGUUCAAGUUGACAUGAACCAGUUUUUUGGGGAAGAUGGAAAAAUAUAUGGUUACAAAGAUCUAAAGAUUCACAUAUGGUUGAGCAUCAUAUCUUACCAUGCAUAUGCUGUUGUGACAUUCGAGAGUAAAUUAGAUGGCAGCAAAGGGAUCACAAAUGUUGACCAAGUUCUGAAGAAUAUAUUUGGUGAAUCACUUAUUUCAGAAAAGGAUGAUUUUGCUCAAACGUUCUCCAGAGAACGUCACUAUAUCAGAGAUAUAGUUUCAACUGCAGAGGUUCUAAAGAAGUAUUCUUCUGAGGAUGAAGUGGUUCGCCUAAAACUGAAUGAGCCAUCAGUUGGGAAACUAUAUAGCCGUCUAAUACCUGUUCUUCUCCUCUUGGUUGAGGGAAGCAGCCCAGUAGAUACGACUGAUCCCAGAUGGGAAAUUUAUCUUGCAGUCAGAAAGGCAGUGGACCAAUCAGGAGAUAUUCAUUGUCUGCUGCUUGGUUUUGCUACAAUCUACCACUUCUAUCACUACCCAGAUGCUUCUCGAUUGCGGAUUGGCCAGAUAUUGGUCUUGCCUCCUUACCAAGGAAGUGGUCAUGGGCGUCAGCUUCUGGAGAGUGUAAAUGCUGUAGCUGUUUCUGGAGAAGACAUUUAUGAUGUGACGAUAGAAGAACCAUCUGAAUACCUGCAACACCUCCGGGACUGUGUUGACACGGUCCACCUGCUAUCUUUUGAACCAAUCAAACUUUGCAUAUCGUCCAUGUCCUCAAAGUUGAAACAAGGAGGUUUGAUGAAGAAAGACCAGAAGGUGCGUUUCUCCCCCUCAGCAAGCAUUGUUGAAGAAGCAAGGAAAGGGCUUAAGAUCACCAAGAAGCAGUUCCGUCGGUGCUGGGAUGUCCUGGUUUACCUGAGUCUUGAUCCGAAUGAUUCCUGCUCCACAGAGAACUUCAAGACAUGUCUCUCCAACCGUUUAAGUUCAGAAGUUUUCGAGAAGGAUUCAGACAUCAGAGGCAAAUGUGUAGUCGACAUCCCCAACAAGUAUGGUCCUGAAAAGACAUUUGUCAUGUUUCGAUCAAACAGCAUGGGGGAAGCAAGCACAUUGAGUGCUGACAUUGCAAAGAGUAAGGCUGGUGAGGAAGAGCAGCUGAAGCAGUUGGUUGAGGUGAGAAUGAAGGAGAUUGUGGGAGUUGCUGACAAAGUAGCUGCCAAUUGUAAGAAAUUAGGAAUUCAACCUUUCCAGUAGCUCGUGGGCAACUGGGCAUCGGAGUAUGGCCAUACUACAUGGAUGGUUCGAGGACCUCAGGACGGGAACUGUAUGAACUUAGAACCUGACAACUCUAGCUUUCCUCCAGGGAUGGGGCAUGGUGAAAGCGUAGAUCGAGUCGGCAGCCCAAUUAUUAGCAGGGAGAAUAAAAACCUUGUAGGUUCCUUUGUCACUGGGGAAAUUUUCUCCUUCUCCAAGGGGAUUUGUGUUAUCUCAAUGAAGAGUGUUUUAAACUUUAA